CAUGAAGCCCAUGUAAGAUGAAAAUGCUAUUUUAAACCUCUAUGUUGUAUGACGACUUUGGACUAUGCUUAACACGCUUCAGUCCACACAAAUCAUAAAAUUGUGCAUUAUUUGUAUGAUUAUUAUUUAUUAUUAUUAAGUGACGUUUGUUUUUUCUGUCAUCCAUUGAUUUGUUUUCUCUCCUCCGCCAUGAUGUUACAUGGUAUGGGCUGGACAGCUAACUAGCUCCUUUAGCCUGCUGGGUGCUUGUGUUUGGGAAGGGAGGUGGUGCAAUGGGGAGAUGCUUUGCGCCGCUAAGCUUUACAUAGCAUUUGCCUCCAACAGAAGGCACCUUCACCAACGAGCUGUAUCCUCUGGUGAACCGCUCGUUGUCCUCGAGGGCUGCUGAUUGACAGCACAACGAUAUUUUAACGGUGGCCGAAGGACAGUGCUUCGUAACAAUUUAAAGAUUAACGCUCGCUGAAGUAAGCUGCCAGGCUAGUUCGGAGCUAGCCCCUCCUUGCUCUCUCUCUCUGUACAGUACCAUCAGAUUUCUCAGUCUCCUGCUGUAGGAAUGUUCUCUAAAAAGCCUCAUGGAGACGUCAAGAAAUCAACACAGAAAGUGUUGGACCCUAAAAAGGAUGUACUGACGAGACUCAAACAUCUGAGGAUAGUCAUCGAGAACGCAGAGUCAUCGGAGCUGAAGCAGUUCUUUGAUCAGAACUACUCGCACAUCUACUAUGUCUUCUUUGAGAACUUUGUCACCAUCGAGGUCGGCCUCAGACAAAAAGGACACAAGUCUCAGAGGGAGGAGCUGGAUUCCAUACUCUUCAUCUUUGAGAAAAUCCUCCAGCUCCUACCGGAGAGAAUUCAGAGCAGAUGGCAGUUCCACAGCAUUGGGCUCAUCCUCAAGAAGCUGCUGCACACAGGAAACUCCCUCAAGAUCCGUCGCGAGGGCGUGCGCCUGUUCCUGCUGUGGAUGCAGGCGCUGCAGAGCCACGCGGAGCGGGAGCAGCUCUGCAUGUUCGCCUGUCUGAUCCCGGGGUUCCCCGCGCCGCUGUGCCACGGCACCCCCCGCACGCUGGACACCCUGAUCAACCCGCCGCUCAACCUCACGGAGACUCAGGUGACUCCAGAGGAGAUCACCCCAUUGGUCCCUCCUCAGUCAGGGGACAAGAACCAGGAAGACCUCACUGCCUAUUUCCUGGAAGCAUUGCUCAAAUACAUGGUAAACCAGGCCAAGUCUCUGGAAUGGCGCUGCAAAGAGAACCACGAGCGUGGCUUCAACUUCCUCUUUGACCACUUCAGGAAGUUCUACCUGCCCCACAUCUUUCCCAACUUCUCCAUGGAAACCAGCCUCUACCAACCCAUAUUGGACGUGCCCCCCAUGCGGCCCAAGCCCUACUACAGCAUGGUGCGCAGGGAGCCCGAUACCGGCAGCGAGCCCCUCUACUGCACCAAGGAGAGCUUCCUGCAGGCACGGGUCAUCUUCAUCCGCUGGCUGGUGUCCUUCUGGCUGGAGCCGCGCACAAACGCCUUGACCAUCAUCCCCGGCACCGAGGGCGAGAUCAUCCCCAAGAACAUCCAGAGAGCGGCCGCGGGCCUCGCCGCUCGCGCCGCCGGCCUCUCGGACGACGGCCUGGCCGGGCUGCGGUCCGACAACCACCUCGACGGCACCGGCUCCGCGGGCUCCGGCGGACUGGGAGGGGGCGGCGGCGGCGGCAUCGGCGGCGCGCUGGGCGGCAAUUGCGGCGGUCUGGGCGGCGGCAGCGGCGGGCUCUCGGGGGGCUUCGGGCGGGAGGGCGAGCAGAGCCACUCCAACACGUCCACGCUGACGGAGCGCGAGCCCAGCUCGUCCUCGCUGUGCUCCAUGGACGAGGAGCAGCUGACGGACAUGGAGGUGGUGCGCCGGGUGCUCACCAGCAACAGGACCAACGUCAACUUCAUCACCGAGAUCUUCAGACAGGCCUUUCUCCUGCCCAUGUGCGAGGCGGCCGCCAUGCGUAAGGUGGUGCGCGUGUACCAGGAGUGGAUCGCCAUGGAGGACAAGCCGGUGUUCAUGAAGGAGCCGGACCACGGCCCCUACCCCGCCACCAACAGCCUGGACCGGGAGCACGACGACCAGUCUAACAAACUCAUUGACAAUGAGAUGCUCGAGUACAGUAUCCAUGCUGGGGUCCAAACCACACUUCAGGUGUUCAUCACCCACUCCGCCAACGUGUUCCUGCUUGAGCCGGCCAACGACCUCAAGACCCUGCUGGAGGAGCAGGUGGACAUGUGCAAGCGUGUGCUCAACAUCUACCGCAGCCUCGUCAUGCACCAGAGCAUGGACCAGAAGACCUGGGAGCAGAUCUUGCUGGUGCUGCUCAGGGUGACUGAGUCGGUGAUGAAGAGGCCUCCCUCCAUCAUGCCUCAGGGGAAGAAGAGCAACACGCUGUCGGGACGGCUCGCAGCAGCCUUGUUUCAGACCCUGAUCGUGGCCUGGAUCAAGGGGAACCUCAACGUCUUCAUCAGCCGGGACCUGUGGGACGACCUGCUCUCGGUGCUCUCCUCCCUCACCUGCUGGGAGGAGCUGGUCACCGAGUGGUCCCUCACCAUGGAAACCCUCACCAAGGUGCUCGCCAGGAACCUGUACACGGUGGACCUGAAUGAGCUUCCUCUGGACAAACUAAGUGAACAGAAGCAGAAGAAGCACAAAGGAAAAGGCAUGGGUCUGGAGGGCCAGCGGCAGUGCGUGGACCGCUCCUUCUCCAAAGGCUGGAGCCGCGACCAGCCGGGCCAGGCGGCCGCCAUGAGGCAGCGCAGUGCCACCACCGCCGGCUCCCCCGGCCUGGAGAAGGCCAGGAACAUCGUCCGCCAGAAGACCGUCGACCUCGAGGACCCGCCCAUCACCCUGGCACCCCGCCCCUCCCGCAUGCGCCACUCCUCGCAGAGCGAGGAGGCGCCCAGCGCUUCCUGCUCCGAGGUCUUCCAGGGCGGGUCAUGUGACCUGGAGUCGGCCCCGCCCCCGGUGAUGGCGCGGAGCAGCAGCGCCUCCGACGUGGUCAUGGAGCCCUUCGUCACGGAGCGGGCCAAAGGUGACGAGCCCCCCGACGACCCCCGCACCACCCCCGAUUCUUCCCACCACCUCACCCCCACUUUCUCACAGCUCACAGCCAGUAGCCUCGCCACGCCACCACCCCCGCCGCACUCCCCCGCCUCCGACCCCCUGGCCUCCCACCACGCCGUCCUCUCGUCCUCCUUGGACGAGCUGGGCGACGGCGCGCUGUACGCCCAGCUCUGGCCCGGCCCGGCCCCUCGAGGCCGGGCCCCCCGCUCCGACUGGGCCAGCGUCUCGGACUCCGCCCUCGUCUUCUCCCCCGAGAGAGAGAUGGACGAGGAGGACGGGGGAGCGGGAGAAGAGGAGGACGACCUGUUCUCCUCCAUCAGGGAUUACCUCACCCAGAGGGGGGCCGAGAGGCGGGAGGAGGCCGCGGCCGCGGGGGGGAAAGGGAAGGAGGGCGCCGGGGGCGACGCCGACGCCGCGCCCCAGCCCGUGCUGGUGCAGACGGGCAUAGCUAGGACCCAGGUAGGGCCGCUAGGGCAGGUCCGGGAGGCCCGGCAGGUGGCCCGGGAGGACGGGCCGACCAGCAAGGACGCCCGACAGGUAAGUAAAGCGGGGAGGCACGGCAGCGAGGACUCUGGGGAGGAGACGGAGGCGGAGCAGCGCAGCAUCUACGAGUGCCUGGAGCUGCAGUGCCCGUGGCCGUCGCCCGGCAGCGGCAGCUCCAGUCUGGAGAGGCAGGCCGGCCGCCGGGAGAGGAGGGACGGAGACGGGGACGGGGACGAGAGGGGAGGGGAUCAGGGAAGGGACCGUAAGGAAGUCGUGGUGUCGUCGCCGUUGUCCGAGAGACGCCCCCAGCUGACGAGGCAGGAGCCCCUGGAGACGGAGAUCGUCGGCGGCCCCGCCGCGAGCCCCCCCUCUCAGACCCCCAGCCCGGAGACGUCCCGGGGUAAGCUUGCCCGCGGGCGCCCCAAGAAGCGGCAGGCGAGCGGGGUCCACGUGAGCUUCCGGCCCUCCACCGAGUCGGUGCAGUUCCACAACCCCCUGGAGAGCAAGGAGGCCCACUGGAGGGCCCGGCUGCGGCGCCUCAGCCACUUCCACACGCACAGCCACUCCGCCGGGGAGCGGCCGGGGACCCCGCCCGGGGCCAAGGCGGGGCCGGGUGGUCCGGGAGGGUUACCAGGGGCGGGCCUCAAGGCGGGGCUCCACGAGAAGGCCGGCCCCGGGGAGCCCUCGGCGGCCGGCCCCGGCGCCCCCGGGGACCGCUCGGGGGCCGGGGGCCAGGACUGCAGCGACAAGGACGAGGAGCGCCCGGCGGGGGGCGCGGCCCACCCGGAGAAGGCGGCCGGGGCUGGCUCCUCCGGGGUGAGGGGCCGCCUGGGCCGCUCCGGCCUGCGGCCCCGCGGGUCCCGCUCUCGCUCCCAGGAGCCCGGCGGCGGCGGUGGCGGCGGCCCCCGGCACCACCACCAGGUGGCCCUGCUGGGCGGGGUCUAUAAGACGGUGGUGCACGCGCUGUCCUCCAAGCCGCGGCCCCGGGGCCAGGGCUCGUCCCAGGGCUCGUCCCCGCAGCGGCAGGUCCGCGGGGCCUCUGGCGACGCGCCCCUCAGGGACCUCUACUCCCACGUCCUGGGCUACUUUGGACGCAAGACCGCGACGCCAGCAGCCAAUAAGGAGGAGGUGGUCCAGAAAGCACGCCCGGUCUCCAGCGACGUUGGCGGCGCCAACCCCAACUUCUCGGACCUGAUGGACGAGUUCAUCCAGGAGAGGCUGAAGGGUCGCCGUGGCAGCAGCCCAGGCAGUCUGGAGAUCCCCAAGGACCUGCCGGAGCUCCUGGACGGCGGCCAGGGUCCCGGGUCGCGGGCCUCAGACGACCCGCGGCCCAUCGACGACCCCGGGGUUCCCUCAGAGUGGACCUCUCCCGCCAGCGCCAGCGGCUCUGAUGUCGUCAGCUCCGACAGCCAAUCGGAUUCCUUUAAUGCCUUUCAGUACACCAGCUGCAAGUUUGACACCUUCACCUUCAGCUCAGACCUGGGCACCGGAGCAGGAGGGGGAUCGGGGUCUGACGGAGGAGGCGGGCGGGGAAGCUCCCUAGACCAGGACAGCCUUGGAGGGGGCAUGGCCUGUGAGGAACAGGAAGUGGCCAGUCUGACGACGCUCCACCUCGACUCGGAGACCAGCAGCCUCAGUCACACCGUCACCGUCACUGGGUCAGAGAGUGCCGAGUCUCCCGUGCGUUCCCUGGGGGGCUCUCGGUCCCAGACCCCCUCCCCCGCAACGCUGACGGCGGAGCACGCAGAGCGUACACACUCCCACUCGCACACACACCUGCAACUGGACCAGAAGUUGCACCACGCUGCCCUGCAGACCCCUGACCACGAAACAAGUGAGGACUGUAGCGUGAUGGCUGGGGGCUCUUUGAUCGGUUGGCAUGCCGACGUCGCCACGGUAAUGUGGCGGAGGAUGCUGGGUAUCCUCGGAGACGUCAACACCAUCAAGGACCCAGAGAUCCACGCCCAGGUGUUUGACUAUCUGUGUGAGCUAUGGCAGAACCUGUCCAAGAUCCGGGAUAAUUUGGGCAUUUCUCUGGACAACCAAUCAUCUCCUCCGCCUCCUGGUCUGAUCCCGCCCCUCAGAAUCCUAACACCAUGGCUGUUCAAGGCGACCAUGCUGACAGAGCGCUACAAGCAGGGGAAGCUCCACGCCUACAAGCUGAUCUGCAGGAUCAUGAAGAGGCGCCAGGACGUGUCCCCCAACACAGACUUCCUCACGCACUUCUACAACAUCAUGCACCACGGCCUCCUGCACCAGGACCAGGACAUAGUGAACACCAUCAUCAAGCACUGCAGCCCCCGGUUCUUCAGCAUCGGCCUUCCCGGAGCCACCAUGCUCAUCCUGGACUUCAUCAUCGCCGCUGCUCGCGUCACCGCCUGCUCCUCGCUCAACGCUCCCAGGGUGGAGGCGCAGGUGCUGCUGGGCUCCCUGGUGUGUCUGCCCAACCUGUACGAGGAGCUGCCCGCCCUGCACCCCACCACGGCCGACCUGGUGCUCACCAAGUUCACCGACGUCAAGGAACACAUUAUCAAACACAUCUUGACCUCCGCCAAAGAUGAACCCUCCGCUCCUGCAAGGUGUGUGGCCCUGUGCAGUCUGGGGAUCUGGCUGUGUGAGGAGCUGGUCCGAGGCACCCAGCACCCCCAGAUCAAGGAGGCACUCAACGUGCUGUGUGUCACUCUGAAGUACCCCAACAAGAGCGUAGCAUUGGUCGCAUCUGAUGUCCUUCACCUGCUGAUCAACUAUGCUGAUCACCUGCAGAAAUUCCCACCGGACACCCCCAAGAAGAUUGUUGAGAUUUUGAUUGCCACAAUCACAUGCCUGCUGCCUUCUACGGAGUCCUCCCCUCAUGAACUGGACAAGAGGCUGGUAGUGUCCUUGCUGCUGUGUCUGUUGGACUGGGUCAUGGCCCUGCCCCCCAAGACCCUGCUGCGGCCCGUUCAAACACGCAGCCCCCCAGACAAGGACCAGCCCACCAAGACCCUGCUGAGCUGCAUUUACAAGGUGCUGCACGGCUGUGUGUACGGAGCCCAGUCGUUCAGUAGCGCCAAGUACUUCCCCCUGCAGCUGUCGGACCUGUCCAGCUCCGAGUACGACCCCUUCCUGCCCCUGGAGAGCCUGCGGGAGCCCGAGCCGCUCCACAGCCCCGACUCUGAGCGCUCCAGCAAGCUGCAGCCCGUCACCGAAGUCCGCAGUCGCCUCCAGCACGGCCUGGUUUCCAUAGCGGCGAGGACGGUCAUCACACACCUGGUCAACCAUCUGGGGCAUUACCCCAUGUCUGGGGGUCCUGCUACGCUCACCAGCCAGGUGUGUGAGAACCACGACAACCCGUACUGCGAGAGCCCCGACCUGGGUCCAGAACUCUUCCACUCCCCCAACCUCCAGUUCCUGGUGCUCAACGGCUCCACGCUGCUCUCUGUGCUGCAGAUCCGGUCCGAGUCGGGGGUCCCUGGAGGGGGGAUGACCGCCGGGCUGUCCUCGGUGCCCGCCUGCGUGCGCGUGGUGGUCCGGGACGUGGCCGGCAAACACUCGUGGGACUCGGCCGUCCUGUACGGGCCGCCGCUCUGUCCCGGCGGGCAGGCCACCCCGCCGCCAACACGCCCACACCCUCAGGCCCCGCCUCAGGGCCUGCAGCUGCACACCCCGCCCGGACCCCCGGCCCGGAGGCUGGGCGACAAGAGAGAGGUGCAGGAGGAGGUGAGGGAGGAGGAGGAGGAGGAGGAGGAGGAAGAACCAGAGGAGGAGCAGGACUGCAGCCCUGUGGAGAAGGAGAAGGAGCAGGGGGUGGGCAGUGAGAAAGGGGAGGACGACGAGGAGAAGGACGAGGACGAUCAGAAAGAGGGCGAGGACGCGGUCAUGGAGCGGGGGGACGCCGGCUCCGAGCAGCUGCCCGCCCCGCCAUUGGCCAAGCGCGUGUGUCGGGAGGCGGUGCCAGGCUGGGAUUCGCUGAGGGAGGGAGACGACACGCUGGAUGAGAUGCUACAGUACCUGGGCUACUCCAGUCCCGAGUGUCUGCAGAGAGCAGGCAUGCCUCUCAAUAUCCCCGCCCCUCAACCAGCGUGCGUCUCGGAGAAGCAGGAGAAUGACGUCAUCAACGCCAUCCUGAAGCAGAAUGCUGCAGAGCACGAAUUCAUCCUGCUCCGAGGGGAGGGGCUGAACAUGCGGGCGUCCCAGCAGCCGGAGCCCGACACCGAGACCCCGCAGUCGGCCUUCUACUACUGCAGACUGCUGAUCAACAUCCUGGGCCUCAACUCAUGGGAGAAGAGGACCAACUUCCACCUGUUGAGGAAGAACGAGAAGCUACUGCGAGAACUGAAGAACCUGGACUCCCGUCAGUGCCGUGAGACGCACAAGAUCGCGGUGUUCUACGUGGCCGAGGGCCAGGAGGACAAGCACUCUAUCCUGACCAACACAUCGGGGAGCCAGGCCUACGAGGAGUUUGUCUCUGGGCUGGGCUGGGAGGUGGACCUGACCAGUCACUGCGGCUUCAUGGGCGGCCUGCAGAGGAACCACAGCACGGGCAUGACCACGCCCUACUUCGCCACCUCCACCACCGAGGUGGUCUUCCACGUGUCCACGCGCAUGCCCCCGGACCAGGACCAUAACCUCACCAAGAAGCUGAGGCACCUGGGAAACGACGAGGUGCACAUCGUGUGGUCGGAGCACUCGCGCGACUACCGCCGCGGCAUCAUCCCCACCGAGUUCGGGGACGUGCUCAUCGUCAUCUACCCCGUCAAGAACCACAUGUACUCCGUCCACAUCCUCAAGAAACCCGAGGUGCCGUUCUUUGGGCCCUUGUUUGACGGCGCCAUAGUGGACAUGAAGAUCCUGCCCACGAUGGUGAGGGCCACCGCCAUCAACGCCAGCCGGGCCCUCAAGUCUCUGAUCCCACUCUACCAGAACUUCUACGAGGAGCGUUCCCGCUACCUGGAGACCGUCCUGCACCACCAGGAGCCCACCACCUUCGAGGACUACGCGGCCCGCGUCUACAGCCCCGCCCCCUGCACGCACCCCCCCUCCGACGCAGAGGACAGUAGUGUGUCCUACCUGAUGGUUCCUAAGCCUCUGGACGGCUUGAGCCUGCUUAGGGUCAAGGGAAAGGGCCUCAAACACAAAGUAUUUCACGCAAGCUGCGAAUGGUACGGUGUGAGGCCGACAAGUUGCCCUGAGUCGUCUAUCAACCCUAAAAGCCCCUCCACUGUUUUUAUUAGAAGGGAGGCUACACCCAUGUAUAAAUGUAUUGCCACCUAAAGGUUGAAAUUGGCCUUCAAAAGCACAAAUAUUGAAUUUGCGCAGUUUCCAAAAUGAUCAUGGUGUUAUAUGGUCUUCUUUGUCUGGAUUAACCAGAUUCAUAGUAGCAUAAAUGCUAUUAUCUUUGUAUAUAAAGAACACAUUCUUGACAGAAAUGGCCAGUUUCAUGUGCAGACAAAUGGUUUGUCUCUUAUUGAGGCGUAUAUUGCAGCCACUCGAGACCAGCUUCAGUGGUUUCCUACUAAGAACCAUUUCUGACCUGUAGGUUAGAAAUGGUUAGGUGGUCAGGUGGCAAAUCCUAGCGUAGAGCUGCUCCUUAACCUCCUCGCCUAGUCCCUGCUCGGAACGUGUAGUGUGCUCUGUAGGCUGGGGUAGAAGAUUCCUACUCCUUCGCCCAUUUCCUACCCUUAGAGCUCCAAGACGUAGGAACAAAAAGGGCACCCAGCAAGGCAUCUAGAGAAGGCGGAUCAGUUUCCGUAGUGUGGUUCAUCGCCUCGCCACUUUGCCGUAGCUCCUGGGCUCCCCUGCUGUCCCCCCUCUCCCCCCUCUGUCCUGUCACGGCUCUCUUCUGUGUCCGGUGGCUAAACUUGUUUGCCUCCCCUUAUCCCAUCUACCACCGCCCAGCACUCUGUCUCUGCCAAAUCGAGCGCUUCUGUCCCUCUGUGUCGUGGUGUUUUAUAAGAACGUGUUGGAAUGAGAACCUACCUUAUUACUCCCUUGUCUGUCAUUAGGUGUGUGUGUGUGUGUUUGUGUUUGUGUUUGUGUUUGUGUUUGUGUUUGGGUGGAGCGGUGGGAUUAGUAGGUUGUGGGGCACUGUAAUAUCUGGGAAAUUCCUUUUUGUCUUAUUCAUCCUCUACCCCCCCCCCCCCCCCCUCCCCCCUUCCUUCUUCAUCCUACAUUCCCUCCAUCCUCCCCUUACCUCCUCCUCCUCCUCCACCGACCUGUCUCUCUCUCAGGCUCCUGCCUCGAGAUUCUUCGGGGAGAAAGUCCGGCGCUGGGGGAGGUCGGGGGCGACUCCCCCUCGCCCAUGUCUCCUCGGACUAGCAAGAGCCGCAUGUCCAUGAAGCUGAGGCGCUCGUCGGGAUCGGCCAACAAGA